GGAAGGCACUGAUGCACUCAAGAAUGCGAUGCUGGCCAGUCUUCGAGAUGAUCCACCACAAGGCGCUGCCACACAUUCAAACACUCAGACGCGUGGUGGAGGAGUGGAAGAGUUGGCGGGGGCUUUGGAGGAGGUCAAGUCGCAGAUCGACUCCAAGAUUGGAUCCAAAAUUGGUGAAGUUAUGGAUGCCGUUAGAUCCUCGAUCUCCUCGCACGGGCAGAAGCUUUCGGCUGAAGUGGAGGACAUCAGGUCGCAGGUGGUGAAGCUUGAAGGGCAAAGCUCUAAAGCUGCGAAGUUGCAGGAUGCACACUUUUCCGAAGCAGAGGCACAGGUGGAAAAAAUGCUGGAGAGUGCUACUGAGAGCUUUGCAUCAAUGUUGGUGUGGCGUCCUCACUUAUUGCACGACCUGCAAGAACCCAGUCCUCCGCUCGUGGUCAUGCGGGAUGACCUCCUGUUCCCCGCCAGAAGCUGCCCUCGUCCCGCCCUCGCCGGCCCUGGCCCUGCGCGUCCAGUGGAGACGGAAGCGGUUGCCGUUACCUACAGUGGGGCUACAAACCAGCAGUUGGACGCUGCCCUGGCAAAGCAGGAGGUGCUAGAGGAGGAGCUACGGCGUGUUGCUGAUGCCUCGGCAAUCCCCAGCUUGAUUCAGGGAGAUGCACUGCGAAUGCUGGAAAGGCUGAGGAAAGAACAGCGCCUGGAAGCGGCAGCACUCUGGGAGGCCAUUGGUGAGUUAGCGGAGCACAUCGGCGCUGAUGGGGCCAGCUUCAUCAAGGUUGCUCAGAAUGAGGCGGGACGGUCCAGCCAGCUGCAAGCAUCGCAUGGUGAGCAGGGAGCUUUUGGGAUGCAUCAAGCUCAAGGCAGACCCGCUACAGCCAAAUGA